AUGACAAAGACUAAAGGUCUUAGAAAGACUCAUACUGUAGGUCAUAGACCAGGUUUGAAUAAACCAACUAUCCAAGAAACUUUAGUCAAAAAUGGUGUUAGUGACAAACUUGACAAACUUGACAAACUUGACAAACUCGUAAAAAAAGAUCAUGAGAAAGGGGUUAAAGACGAUGAAAUUAAGGAACUUAAAGAAACAGUUCAAAAAAACGGAAAGGAAAAAGACGCUUCCAAAGUUUUAGGAAAUGAUAAACAAAAAAAGACUAUCUUAGCUGUCAAGCUCGAACAAGAAGAUCCGAAACCAAAGCCGUUGACCAUUACUACCAAUUCUGUCUCAACCCCCUCUUCAACGCCAGUAUUAUCAUUUACAACGACCACAAAACGUAAAAACGGUUUAUCUGAAGAUACCUUAAAGAUUAAACGAAAACUUUCUUUUGAAAAACAACAAAAUGUUUCUAAUAAUACUCCUUUGACUCCCGAAGAGUUAUCACCUACUUCUCCGACAGCUGACGUAAACUUGAGACGUGGUACAAAGCGUAUGCGUAGUCAUUCGAUGUCAAAUUCUGCGGAUCCACCUGUUGAAGAUUCUCCCAUAUUUUUGUUACUUGAAUUUGUAAAUCAUCUUCCGGCUGAUCCGAGACGUUUGUCUCGUGAAGAAUUAUUAAGAGCUGGAACUUGGCUGUUUGAUACAUUGCUAACAAAAUCCUUUUCAAGACCUUUCAUUAAUCCUGUACCUGAAGAUGCUAUAUUAUAUCGUAGUAUUAUUUCACGUUUAAUGGAUUUAACUACUGCUGAGAAAAGAUUAUGGGCUGGAAAAUAUAAGGAUCUUAAUAGUUUAUAUACCGACGUUGUACAAAUUCUGUCAAAUGCUUUUACUUUUCACAACGAAGGAGGUGAAAUUUAUGAAGAAGCAAGACAAAUGUGCGAUAAGCUUGUUUUUGGUAAUGAUUCGUUACGUAUUAAUGAGUUGAUGAUGCCUUUACCUCACGAAGAAAUUUUCGCUAUACCAACUUUCUCAUUUGAAAAUCUCAAAAAUUCAAAAUCAAUAUAUGUUGUCCCAACAAUGAAUUAUAAAAGGCAACAAUUUAAUACUCAAGCAAUAAAAAAAUCAAUUCCAUCUGAAGUACUUGACCGACUUGAUAAUUUCAAUCGCGGAGUGUUGGAAUAUUUUAGAGAUGGGAUUAAACCAUCAACUCCUAAACUCAAUAUUUCUUCUACUACAAGAGAUUAUCUUCGCAUUUACAUAACAAAAGGUUUGACUAUGAUGACUGAAUGUAUAGAUAAUCCUAAUUCAAUUGUAGUAAUCAUGGGAAACAUGAAAUUCAUCCGGAAAGAGAAACGUUUUCGUUUUGACGCUUUAUUCGCAAAACCAUUCGGAAAGACUCAUGACUUGGAUACUUUUGAAUUUCCCGAUUUGAAUGAUGCCAAAGGAUGGGUUCGAUGCAUGAUUUUAGCUCGACGUGACAAUAUCGAAUUAUCAAUGGCGACUCAUUGGUUUGCUAAUAAGCUAUUACCGUUUAGUACAACCAAAUUUGAUGAAAGUACUCUUACACCUGAAUUUCAUGAGGCUUACAUCGAAUCUCUUUGGCGUGAUAGGACAAAUAUAAAAGUUGAUUCAUAUAUGAAAUUUUGUUCAAAAGAUAAUACAGAAUCACCUGUAAAAUCAAAAGAUCAUGAAGAAUUAUUUGUAAAAUCAAAAGAUCAUAAAGAAUCAUCUGUAAAAUCAAAAGAUCAUGAGGAAUCACUUUUAAAAUCAAACCAUCAUGAAGAAACAUCUGUAAAAUUUAAACAUCAUGAAGAAACAUCUGUAAAAUCAAAAAAUCAUGAAACACCUGCAAAAUCAAAACAUCAUGAAGAUUCACGUGUAAAAUCAAAAGAUCAUGAAGGAUCACAUGUAAAAUUAUCAAAAAUUCAAGAUUCAUUAGGAAUUGAUGUAUCUCUAACCGGACAACCAUCUCCAUCGGAGCAAAUUGCAUCAUCUAAUCACAAAUCAGCUUCUGAAAAAGUAAUAACGGUCGAACAAGUAAUAUCACUUGAAAAAAUUUCAUCUGUCAAACCAAAAGUCAUAAAUGAUAAUCUUAAUGAUGAAAGAGAUAUUCAGAUUAAACAAGAACCAAAUGAUGACAUAAUCGUCAUUGAUGAGAAAGAAAAAACGACUUUACCGAAAAAAAUCAAACGAACCAGAAGAUCAAACCGAGAAACAUACGCAUAUUUAAACUCGUUACCUAAACGACGUACAAGACAACAAUCACAAUCUGAAUGGAAUUUGCCACAUGAUUUAUUAUCUCGAGUUUCUCAACAAUCACCGCAACCUAAACGUCAAAAGUCUGAAAAAUCAAUGGAACGUGAAAAACCUGUUAUAACAAAACCAAUUGAACCUGAAGUGUCGAAAUCUAAAGAUCAAACCAAACCAAUUGGAUCUGAAGUGUCGAAAUCUAAAGAUCAAACCAAACCAAUUGAACCUGAAGUGUCGAAAUCUAAAGAUCAAGUAGUACCAACAGUGUCACGUAAAAGAGGACCAUACAAACCAAGAAAAAUUGAUAUACAAAAAGCCACUAUUAGACGAUCUUCACGUCAAGUUAAUAAUAAAAAAGAAAUAGUGGUAACCUCAAAUGAUAGCGAAAAUGUAAACAUUAAACGAGAAAAAGUGUAUAUUAAACAAGAAUUUGAAGAUGGGCAAAAUUUAUCGAUGGUUAAAGAAAAAGCAGUUAAUGAAUGUUCAAUGGAAGUGGAUAAUCUAGUCGAUCAAGAAUCUGAUGGGCAAGAAAUACCUUUAUUCCUUGAGGAGGAAGUCGAAGUAAUUAACGAAAAUAAUGAUUUAGAGAUAUCAAAUCAAAAAUCGACACCAGAACCUAAGGGUAUAUGGUAUAAUAUUAAAAAUGCGAUUUCUGGAUGGUAUUUGCUUUCAUUACCGGGAUUACCCCUGUGA